AUGGCUGACCGCCUGACCUUGUUAAAUAUCGCCUUGCCGGCGGCUUUGGUGGCGCCGGCUUCACUGGAGAAGGAUUUGGUCUCGACGGCGAAGGCUUUGGAGCAGGUUCUGGAACAGAACCUGGACUUGGCUCCUUUCGCAGACUCCUUUUGCGAUUCGAAGGGGAUGAAGACUUUGCCCCUUGUGUUCGUGCCAUUUUGGAAUACCGAAACUUUAGCCGGUGCUGCUGAACGGAGAAGACGACCGGAGGUUCGGACGGCGUGGCUUGGCGAAGAAGAUGAAGGGGCUGCGAGAAUGUCAAAUGAGUUCAAGGACAUGGUGGUGGAGCUCAUGACCACUGCUGGGUACUUCAAUAUUGGCGACUUUAUUCCGUCCAUCGCAUGGCUGGACAUCCAAGGGAUCCAGCGCGGGAUGAAGCAUUUACAUAGGAAGUUCGACCGGUUAUUAACAAAGAUGAUGGAGGAGCACACGGCGUCAGCCCAUGAGCGAAAGGGAAACCCAGAUUUUCUGGACGUAAUCAUGGCAAACCAAGAAAAUUCUACAGGGGAGAAGCUCACUAUUACCAACAUUAAAGCACUCCUCCUGAAUUUAUUUACUGCAGGAACAGACACUUCAUCGAGCGUAAUCGAGUGGUCUCUGGCUGAGAUGUUGAAAAACCCGAGCAUCCUCAAGCGUGCUCACGAAGAAAUGGAUCAAGUGAUUGGAAGGAGCCGGCGGCUCGUGGAGUCUGACUUGCCAAAACUUCCAUACCUACAAGCCAUAUGCAAGGAAAGCUUCCGGAAGCACCCAUCCACCCCGUUGAACCUUCCUCGUGUCUCAACCCAAGCAUGUGAAGUGAACGGCUACUACAUCCCAGAGAACACUAGACUUAGCGUGAACAUAUGGGCAAUUGGGCGAGACCCUAAUGUCUGGGAAAGCCCGGAAGAAUUCAGGCCAGAAAGGUUUUUAAGUGGAAGAAAUGAAAAAAUUGAUCCUCGUGGAAAUGAUUUUGAGUUGAUCCCGUUUGGGGCUGGACGAAGGAUUUGCGCUGGCACUAGAAUGGGAAUAGUGCUGGUUGAGUACAUUUUAGGGACGUUGGUACAUUCAUUUGACUGGAAAAUGCCGGAUGGAGUUGAGAUCAACAUGGACGAAGCUUUCGGGCUUGCACUGCAGAAGGCAGUUUCUCUUUCGGCCAUGGUGACACCAAGGCUUCACCAGAGUGCGUAUGCAGUCUGAGCUCAAACCGCUCAGACCAAAACCCAGGCCUCGCUGCUAUAUGGCAUGGAUGCAGUUAAGUAGAAAAUAUUUUGGGAUGCCUGUGGCUUAGUAUAAGAUGUAUUAGCUCAAAGAUGGUCGUUUCAUUCUACCACCAAGCCAUAUGCAUCUAUGCAUAAUCUAUUGAUUUAGGCUCGAUUUGGUUAUAGUUUUUGUUUUUUUGUCUUCCAAAUCAGUAAAUAGUAGGGGUAUUUUUGUCCUAUGUAGUGAUUCUUUUUGUUUGAUUGAUUAUAUUUGGAUCCUUCAAAAAUAUAUGGUCAGAGCCAUCUCCAUCUUUUCA